AUGGCUGAUAUCGAAGAAAAAGAUAAUAAUGUACCAAUUUUGGAACGUAAAAGAGCACCAAAUAGAUUCUAUGUAGAGGAAGCUAUCAAUGAUGACAACUCUGUUGUCACUCUACAUCCAGAUACAAUGACCACCUUACAAUUGUUUAGAGGAGACACACUACUCAUCAAGGGUAAGAAGCGUAGAGACACUGUUUGUAUCGUCUUGAUGGAUGCCAGUGUCGAUCCAUCAAAGAUCCGUAUGAACAAGGUCGUCAGAAACAAUUUGCGUGUUCGUCUCGGUGAUAUGGUCAGUGUUCACCAGUGUACCGACAUCAAGUACGGUAAGCGUAUCCAUGUGUUGCCAAUCGACGACACCAUCGAAGGUCUCUCUGGAAACCUCUUUGAUCUCUACUUGAAACCCUACUUCCUCGAAGCCUACCGUCCAGUCAGAAAGGGAGAUCUCUUUUUGGUGCGUGGUGGUAUGAGAGCCGUCGAGUUUAAGGUGGUCGAGUGUGACCCAGCCGAGUUUUGUAUCGUCGCACCAGAGACUUUUAUUCACUGUGAAGGUGAUCCAGUCAAACGUGAAGAUGAAGAUCGUUUGGAUGAAGUGGGCUAUGACGACAUCGGAGGAGUCAGAAAGCAGCUAGGUCAGAUUCGUGAGUUGGUAGAGUUGCCAUUGCGUCAUCCACAGCUCUUUAAGAACAUCGGUGUCAAGCCACCCAAAGGUAUCCUCUUAUACGGUCCACCAGGUUGCGGUAAGACUAUGAUUGCCAGAGCCGUCGCCAACGAGACUGGUGCAUUCUUCUUCUUGAUUAAUGGUCCAGAGAUUAUGUCAAAGUUGGCCGGUGAAUCAGAGUCCAACUUGAGAAAGGCCUUUGAAGAGGCCGAGAAGAACGCUCCAUCGAUCAUCUUUAUCGAUGAGAUUGAUUCGAUCGCACCAAAGAGAGAAAAGACUCAGGGUGAAGUAGAACGUCGUAUCGUUUCACAGUUGUUGACUUUGAUGGAUGGUCUCAAAUCACGUGCCCACGUCAUUGUCAUUGGUGCCACCAAUCGUCCAAACUCUAUCGAUCCAGCUUUGCGUCGUUUCGGUCGUUUCGAUCGUGAAAUCGAUAUCUCUAUCCCCGAUGCCACCGGUCGUCUCGAAAUUCUCCGUAUUCACACCAAGAACAUGAAGUUGGAUGAAUCCGUAGAUCUCGAAUCCAUCGGUAAUGAGACUCACGGUUAUGUCGGUGCCGAUCUUGCCGCUCUCUGCACUGAAUCCGCUCUCCAGUGUAUUCGUGAAAAGAUGGACGUCAUCGAUCUCGAAGACGACACUAUCUCUGCAGAGAUCUUGGAAUCGAUGGCCGUCACUCAAGACCACUUUAGAACUGCCCUCGGUAUCUCGAAUCCAUCGGCUCUUCGUGAGACCGUCGUCGAAGUACCAACUACCACCUGGGAGGACAUUGGUGGUCUCGAGAAUGUCAAGCGUGAACUCAAGGAGACCGUCCAAUACCCAGUGGAACACCCAGAGAAAUUCAGAAAGUUUGGUAUGCAACCAUCAAAGGGUGUCUUGUUCUACGGUCCACCAGGUUGCGGUAAGACCUUGUUGGCCAAAGCCAUCGCCAACGAGUGUCAAGCCAACUUUAUCUCUAUCAAGGGUCCAGAGUUGUUGACAAUGUGGUUCGGUGAGUCCGAAGCCAACGUUCGUGAGCUCUUUGACAAGGCACGUCAAGCCGCACCAUGUGUAUUGUUCUUUGACGAGUUGGACUCUAUCGCUCGUGCCAGAGGUAGCAGCAAUGGUGAUGCCGGUGGUGCCGGUGAUCGUGUCAUCAAUCAGAUCCUCACAGAGAUGGAUGGUAUGGGUGUCAAGAAGAACGUAUUCAUCAUUGGUGCAACCAAUCGUCCAGAUAUUAUCGAUCCAGCCAUUCUCCGUCCAGGUCGUCUCGAUCAACUCAUUUACAUUCCACUACCAGACUUACCAUCGCGUGUCAACAUCUUGAAGGCCUGUCUCAACAAGUCACCAGUCAGCAAGGAUGUCGACUUGGAAUUCAUGGCUCAAAAGACUCACGGUUUCUCUGGUGCCGAUUUGACUGCCAUCUGUCAACGUGCCUGUAAGUUGGCCAUUCGUGAAUCGAUCGAACGUGACAUUGAAGACACCAGACGUCGUCAAGAAGCCGGUGACCAAAUGGAAGAGGACACUGAAGAUCCAGUACCAGAGAUCACUCGUGAACACUUUGAAGAGGCCAUGAAGUUCGCCAGAAGAUCAGUAUCCGACAACGAUAUCAGAAAAUACGAAAUGUUUGCUCAAACCUUGGUACAAUCCCGUGGUCUCGGUAAUAACUUUAAAUUCCCAGAUGCCGACAACAACAACCCACAAGCAAAUGCUGAAGAAGUUCAAGAUGAUUUAUUCAGAUAA